UUACAGGGUCGGAUAACAUCGUCACUAAUAACUAGACGCUAGCGAUCGUCAAACCCUAAACAUGAUUACAGAACUCUUUGAUCCUCCUUCUUAGUCAUUAUCGGUGUCAAAUGGAACAUUAUAAGUCUCGAAACAACGAUUACUUUCACUUCACAAACCCUCACGAUGACCUAAGUGAGUUCGAUGACGAUUUUUACGAUGAAUCUCAAUCUUACGAUGUUGUUGAUGAUGAUCGCAGUUGUGAUUUUCAUUUCCACUCUUAUCGCCCCCUCAAUUCUCAGACAACUGGUGUGAUGAACCGGAACGAUACGGUCGAAAUUGGGGGUUUUGAUAAUGGAGCCUUGGUAUUUCAGUUAGAUAGUAGAAUGAAGAAUAUUUCUGAUAAACUUCAGCAUACAAUUGAAGGUAUUGGCACACAAAUAUCUCACCUAGAGGAUGAAACUUGCAAGAUUGAUAAUUACGUGGAGGACGUGAAGAACGCUGAGGAACGGUAUCAUGGUGCGACUCAUCGGAAGCUGCGGCAGAUGCAGAGUGUUUUACAAGAGGUGCACGAUGGUGUUCUGUUUUUGAGGGACAAACAUGAAAUAGCUGAAACGCGCCUUCAGCUUGCUAUUCUUCGUGGUUCAAAACGAGACGAAGUAAAUGUUUCUCCACAGUCGUCUUGUAGUACACCACUUUUUAACCAACGAUCAAACGAACUCGUUUUACAACAAGCUGUUUCUUAUCAUCCGGUAGUUACGCAAGCUCAUGAAAUCACAGCUCAGCAAUACAUCAUUCCUCCAAAUCAACAAUCCCGCACACCUCAGUAUCCACAUUUCGUACAAUCAAAGCUCAGCAACACAUCGUUUAUCCACACCACCAAUCCCAGAAACUACAAGUCUGAGUUUCAUGCUAAGUACAUGCCCGAAUUUGCUAGGUUAACAAACACUCACCUUCACUGUGAACCGUCAUCUUCAUAUGAAAUCUCAAAUGUGAAACGUGUUGACUCCUUUCUGCAUCCGCAAGAAGAAAGUAGCGGAAGUAAUUACAUGCAUACCCCUGUAGCCCGAACACUACCUCAUGCAUUGCCAACUGCCAUUGACGUGAAAGAGGAAUCAAGAUCCGACGAGAACGGGGAUACAAUUCCGGUAGAUGAUAUAGUUGAUAAGGUAACAAGCAUGGGUUUCAGACGGGACCUUGUAAGAGCUUGUGUGAGAAAACUAACGGGGAAUGGGUCUCGAGUGGAUCUCAAUUCAGUGCUUGACAAGAUGAUGAAUAACAAAUGAAAUGAUUCGAUCUUUGUUGUAUAGAAAUUACAGAAGGGAAUGGAAUGGAAUAGAAUUUCCAGAAGGGCAACUCUUUGCUAUCCUGGUAACCCACUCUUUUUAGCUUUUGAUAUAUGUUUCAUAGUUUCUAUAUCAUUUGUAUAAUUACAAAUGAUCUGUGAAUAAUAUAGUGUAUGCAUAAAUCAUGUCAUAGUUUGUCGUCAGUUGUGAAUAAUCAAUAAUGUAAUUUGCUUAACGGCCCUGUGACUGUACAUACGAUUAUAUCCGUGGCUGAAUGUUAGUUAUAAAAGAUCCAGUGUUAUUUAUCCCAGAAUAAGAUUA